AUGUAUGUAUGCAUAGAAUGUGGAAAUAGAGCAAAGCAUCUGUUUCUCAAGAACUCCUCUGCCAAGCAGAUCUCGAGGUGCCAACUAUGUUCCAAGAAGAUGGACAGAUACUUUGAGCUGAAUAGUUUGAUGAAGCUUGUAGAUCUUCUCUUGCUGAAGAGGAGGAUCUUCAGACACUAUCUCUUCAAUAACAAAAAGGAUCUCACCAGAAGCGCCUUGUUUAUGCUAAUCGCCAAGGUGCUUACAGGACCUAUACUUCACCACCAUGGGGCCCUUAGGAUUCUCUUCUUUGGAGAGAGUUCCGGGAAAGUGAAUUUGAUUGCAACCAUAGCCACCAUCUGCAGAGAUGCCCUAGAGAGUCUUGUGGAAACUGUUCUCCUUCUGGUGCUGGCAUUCACUGUGUUCCAUAGGCAUGUUCGAUUUCUAAAGUUAUCCAGUUCACUCCUUCUUUCAAGCUUCUACUAUCUAUUUAUAUUCAUCAUGAUAAUGUGGAAGUACCAAUGGGAAGAAUAUCUUCUUGUAAUAGAGUUCCUAUGCAUAGCAUCCAACUCAAUUGUGAUCUCAGAGAUAUGUCUAGUACGGAAUGAAAUCGCAGUUGGAUGCAUUUGUGGGUGUAAACUCAUCACAGCAUUGAUGUGCAAAAGAAUCCUUGGAUCUAUUAGGUUGUAA